CCCGCCGACGCUAGACCGUGCUCCUCGUUUCUGGUCCGGCGACUCGCUCCGGAGGUUUCGAUUCCAAUGGCUCUCCCCGGCACCCAGGCCGUGGAGUACCCCAGCUUCAAGCUCGUCCUCGUCGGCGACGGCGGCACCGGCAAGACCACCUUCGUCAAGAGGCACGUCACCGGGGAGUUCGAGAAGAAAUACGAACCGACGAUCGGCGUGGAGGUGCGGCCGCUGGACUUCCAGACGAACCGCGGAAGGAUCAGGUUCUACUGCUGGGACACGGCCGGGCAGGAGAAGUUCGGCGGCCUCCGCGACGGAUACUACAUCCAUGGCCAGUGUGCCAUCAUCAUGUUCGAUGUCACCUCCAGGCUCACCUACAAGAACGUUCCCACCUGGCACAGGGACAUCUGCAGGGUUUGUGAGAACAUCCCAAUGGUCCUGUGCGGCAACAAGGUGGACGUGAAGAACCGACAAGUGAAGUCCAAGAUGGUGACCUUCCACAGGAAGAAGAGCCUCCAGUACUAUGAAAUCUCUGCCAAGAGCAACUACAACUUCGAGAAGCCUUUCCUCUAUUUUGCGAGGAAGUUCUCAGGGGACAUGAACCUCCGGUUUGUCGAGGAGUUGGCCCUCAAACCUGCUGAAGUCACUGUCGACCUCGUCGCGCAGAAAAAGAUUGAAGCAGAGAUAGCAGCUGCGGCGGCAAUGCCCCUCCCGGAUGAGGAUGAUGAAAACAUCAUGGACUGAGCUGAUAGAUCGGAGGCUGUACCUAGUUCAGUUGAAAGCAUACAUAUGAUUUAGAAUUAGAACUCUUUUGAGAAGUGAGAUAUCUGUGUCCGCAGUCAGACUUUCUAGUAGGCGUUUGAUGUAGCUGGUUUGUGCGACAGUUCGUGUUUUG